AUGCCAGGAGCUGACGCGUGCGAGGAACUAGUACUGGUGUAUAUUGCACAGCGGAUUCCCUUUUCGGGAGUUAUCUCCACCCGAUUGGGACCCGGUUACACUUGGGCGGGGAGAACUUUGGCUGAACACUAUUUGACGGGAGUUUUGGCAGAUCCCUCUUCCUCAUCCCUGCCCGAGCACGGCACUUAUGGGUCCCGUGACGCGGACGGAGUCUGCAAGUCCCAGGGUCCCGCGGCCCUCUUGGACUUGUGUGUGCAUCCUGCACCAUCAGGGCUCGAGUGA